UAAACCCCAUCGAAUAAGAAGCAUGUGCUGUCGCGAAAUCAGGAUUGUCGAACGACACUAAAGUACUGUAGCCUACUCCGGUUUACUUUUGUGUAUUAUAUUAUAGUCUACACAUCCAAGAGUCACUCUCAUUGAACAAAGACUCAAACGGCUAGUUGAAUCCAAGAAAAUGGUGGCUGUAUCGGUGAUUGCCAUGGCAGUUGGAACUGGUACAGCUGCAUUGCUCAUGGCCCCUGUUGCUUUGGGAGUGAUGGGGUUUGGUGCUGGUGGGGUUGCAGCUGGAUCAACCGCAGCAGGCAUGAUGUCUUCUGCAGCCGUGGCCAAUGGAGGUGGGGUAGCAGCAGGGAGCCUUGUUGCUGCUCUACAGUCAGCAGGAGCUGCAGGACUCACUAGUGUGGCCACAGUGGUUGUGGGAAGUGUAGGAGCGGCAGCCGGUGGAGCGGUGGGAUGGGUGACGUCGAAGUUCAGGGGGUGACCUCAACAUUCAGCCCUAUUGACGCUGGGGUCUCAUCCUCGCUAUGAUUAUAUUGAUAAUAUCAUUGAUUAUACUGAAUAUUUGGCUUCGUCCCAUACUGUAUGUGCUGAGCUGUAGGAUAGAAAAGUUGACUAUAGCACACAGUGUUAUGAGGGUACUGAAUGUUCUCAUUGAUUUCUGACUGAUAAAGAGGAUGUGUUGAGGUUGAUUAGUGAAAAGAUCAGUGAGUAUUGCAAUGCAUUCCCUUGCUAUGAAGACUGAAGAAAAAUAAAUAUAUUUUCAAUUUGCCAA